GUCGAUAUCUCGAAAGCGAGGUUCGAUUCGAUCUCGAUAAACGUCAAGCGCCAGAUGCGGCAGUGACAUAACCUAUACGCACAGGAAAUUUCGCCGCUUUCUCGUUCUUGUAGAAAAAUGUCAGAUCCGCGCAUUCGCACGUUAACUAUCAAAACCGGAGUGGUGAAACGACUUGCCAAAGAGAAGGUAACGUAUGAAACCGAAGCUGCAAAACAGCGGGAGAGGAUACAGAAAUUGAAAGAACAGGGCAAAGAUGUCCAUGACAUAAAAAAGCAGGAGGAAGUUCUCCAAGAAUCCCUGAUGAUGGUGCCGGAUUGUCAGAGACGCCUUGCUAAAGCAUUUGACGAUCUUAAAAAGAUUUUGGAAACAGAGCAAGAUUUGAAGGAUACGGAAACAUACGUCGAGGCCGAGAACAUAUUACGCGACGCAGAGAAGCAGCUCCCCAAAGAAGGGGAUGUUCUGUUAUGUUAAAUUAAACAAACUUCAC